AACCCGGCUCGACGAGGGCAGCCAUCUGCCUCGACCUGUUCGGGUGGAGAGGAGAGAAAGACCAACAGACAUGGCAACUUUUAUCCCGGAAGACCUGCUGAAGGCUGUUAUGUCCUCUGCGACAAGUGGCAACUUUUUUCCUGUUUUUGAGGCCACGAGAACCAAAUGAUGCCAUUUCUAAGAAGUAUUGUGUGAUUGGUCGGACGUUUGAGGUUUCUUGUCCUGGAGUCCAUCUGCCAGCCAGAGAUGAUAUCUACAUCAGCAUGUGCUUCAUGGGCCAGUACCGCCACUCUGAAAGUCUCCCCGCCGUCUUUCCUCUGCUGUUUCAUGAGAAGAUGACCUUUGAAAAGAUUUUCAGACAUGCAUUCGAUCCUGGAGACAUCGCUGUGAUGCUCGAGUAUGAAACUGUCAGAGCAGAACUGGUGCAGCUGAUUCCUCCAGUGGGCGACACUCUGGCCAGCUUUGAAGAAGAUGCUCGAAGUUUUUUAUUUCCGGAGCCCAAACUUGUUCCGCCGUUCUCUGGAGUGGACCGGGAGGUUCUGAUGAUGCGAGCGCCUCACUUUCAUGGUAUUGCUCCAAGGUUGGAGUUCUCCACCAAAACAACCAUCGUUGAGUGCUCACCUGAUGCAGAGGUCACCAUUCACCCCAAUAAACCCCUGAGGCCGGUGAUGAAGAAGAGCAAGAAGCGGUCCAGCAGACCCAGAACCAGCUCUCCUCAACAAAACACUUCCAGACCUCUGUCCUACAGUCUCAGAUCCCGAUCCCUGUCCCCGCUGAGAGCCAGGAACACCCAGGAUCUGGCCCGGCUCAGCCUAGACUUCGCAGCUCCCCCACCAGCUGACUGGGACACCAGCAUCUCUCAGCCAGUUGGAGAAUUAUCAGAGGAUGGUUCCAGCUCCUCAGAGACCCAUGCUGGCCCUGUCCCUUCAGAGCUGUGGAGGUCCUACAGAGAACACACCAGGCAGAGCAGGGCCGAGUCCAGUUCUCACAGAACAUGGGAAGAGGUCCAUGAACGUGUUCGAGGACUCCUCACGACUCCAAAAGCUGUGCGCCGACUAGUUUACGGGGCCACCAUGUCUGAGGUAGAGGAGGUUUUGGGGAGGAGGUCCACCAUGAUGAGCUGACAUGGAACUGCUGAUGAAGGAUUGUAUGUACAUGAUGCUAUAAAUUUCCUCAGUCAACAAACUU